CCGGGCCCGUCGAGAAGCGCAACUCCGGCCGCGGCACGUACUUCGCCGUCGGCCUCGGCGCGUGCGGCUGGACGAACACGGACAGCGACUACAUCGUCGCGCUCGCGUCCGCGGACUACGGCAGCGGCGCGCACUGCGGCAAGACGAUCUCCGUCUCCGCGAACGGGAAGACGCACAGCGCGCAGGUCGUGGACAAGUGCCCCGGGUGCUCCUCGGGCGACCUCGACAUGUCGCCCGCGCUCUUCACGACCUUUGCGGACGAGAGCGUCGGCGUCGUCCAGGUCACCUGGAGCUACGACUAGACUGGACUCCCAAAACGCCCUGCGCCCUCCUCCCACGAAGGGACCAUGGGCCGGCCAUGCGCGCCACGCACACUCACACCCAUGCAUGUAUCCAUCACACGUCACUCACCGGUACCACCGCCCCUGCCUGCCCCGGCGCAGUCUGUCUUUAUAGCAUAUAGCAUACUUUCACAAUGUACAAUGAUUCUUUACCCCUCGGGCGGGAGACGCCGCGCGUCUUCCCCGACCCCCCGGGGGUGCGAUAUAAUUU